AUGAAGAAGAAAAGGAAGAAGGCGGAGAAGAAGGGGGUGGACCGGAAGAUUGUGAUUGAAUUGAUCAAUUAUGGCCAAUUUGGUCAAUUUGGUCAUUUUGGUCAAUUUGGUCAAUUUGGUCAACUUGGUCAAUUUGGUCAAUUUGGUCAAAUUGGUCAACUUGGUCAAAUUGGUCAAUUUGGGCAAUCACCCCAAUGUCAAAUUUCAUUACAUUUCAUUUGUUAUUCCUCUUACUUGAAUACGAGAGUAUCUAUAUAA